GGUGGGGAAUGUGAGGACUGAGGAGGAGGAGGAGGACAGAUGUCUGAGACUAACUGAAGUAGAACGCAUCAGUCUUCUCACAAGACGACGGGAGCUUUUGGUUGCCGGCGUGAACCAACCAACUAGUCAGUUUGGAUAAUCGGUAGAGAUCGAGAGGAUGGAGGUAGGCUUCCUGGGGCUGGGUAUAAUGGGAAAAGCCAUAGCCAUGAAUCUUCUCCGCCAUGGCUUCAAGGUUACUGUCUGGAACAGAACCCUCUCGAAGUGCGAUGAACUUGCGGAGCAUGGUGCCUCUGUUGCACAGACCCCUGCAGCAGUAGUUACAAAGUGCAAGUAUACCUUUGCAAUGUUAUCUGAUCCCUCAGCUGCUCUUGCGGUUGUGUUUGGAAAGGAUGGCAUUGUUGAGCAUGUUUCUGGUGGAAAAGGUUACAUCGACAUGUCUACAGUCGAUGCCGCUACUUCUUCAAAGAUUAGUGAGGCGAUUACAAAAAAAGGUGGUUACUUCCUUGAAGCGCCUGUUUCAGGUAGUAAAAAGCCUGCAGAAGAUGGUCAACUAGUUAUACUUGCAGCUGGGGAGCAGGCAUUGUACGAUGAAGUGCUUCCAGCCUUUAAUGUCAUUGGAAAAAAGUCUUUCUACUUGGGCCAGGUUGGGAAUGGAGCUAAAAUGAAACUUGUUGUGAAUAUGAUAAUGGGCAGUAUGAUGAAUGCAUUCUCUGAGGGACUUGUUCUUGCUGGUAGAAGUGGACUGGAUCCUUCGGUUCUUCUUGACAUUUUGGAUCUGGGUGCAAUUGCAAAUCCAAUGUUUAGGAUGAAAGGACCCACUAUGAUCCAGGGCAGUCAUCCACCUGCAUUUCCUUUGAAACACCAGCAGAAGGACAUGAGAUUAGCUCUUUCCCUCGGGGAUGACACAUCUGUAUCAAUGCCAGUAGCUGCUGCAGCUAAUGAGGCAUUCAAGAAGGCUAGAAGCAUGGGGCUUGGGGAACUUGACUUCUCAGCUGUGUAUGAGAUCGUAAAGGCUGUUGAACCUCCUUCUCAGAUCAGCUAGAUAUUGGAUGUUUGGAGCAGCUUGUGUGAACUCUACUUUAUGAGCAGCUUGGAUAUUAUUGAUGUUAAUGAUGCAUUAUGGAUUUAUGGAUAUUAUGUACUUGAGUAGUUGUGUUCCUGAUGUAGAACCAGGUUAUUAGGAUUUUGGGAUAUUGGAUUCUUGAAUCAAACUUAUUCAUCAUGUUUUUGAUUUUGAUUUUCUUAAUUUUUAGGGGUUCUUCUUUGUAAUUA